GAGAAGAUGAGCAGCGAGGGGCUGUGGCUUUUCAAGCAGCUGAACCUCCACCUGGAGCAGGAGGGGCGGUUCCAGCCCCGCGAGAAGGGGCUCAGCCUCAUCGAAGGGGCCGCCGAGAAUGAAAACACUCUGUGUCCCAGACAAAGGAAUGGCAAGGUGGAAGAUCUUUGGAGUCUCACCAACUUCUUCGGUUUUGCAACUGAAACAUUUGUUUUGGCUGUUAACAUUCUGGACAGAUUCUUGGCUCUCAUGAAGGUGAAGCCGAAGCAUUUGUCUUGCAUUGGGGUUUGUUGUUUCCAACUGGCUGCCCGAGUGAUUGAAGAAGAAUGCAAUAUUCCAUCUGCUCAUGAGAUCAUUCGGAUCAGCCAAUGUAAAUGCACUGUGUCCGACCUGAAACGGAUGGAAAAGAUAAUUUCAGAAAAGUUGCACUUUGAAUUUAAAGCUACUACUGCCUUAACCUUCUUGCACUUGUACCAUACUAUUGUACUCUGUCAUACCUCAGAACGGAAAGAAGUAUUGAAUCUGGACAAGUUGGAAGCACAGCUAAAAGCUUGCAACUGUCGUCUGGUCUUUUCUAAAGCAAAACCAUCUGUCUUGGCCUUGUGCCUUCUCACUCUGGAAGUUCAGACUUUGAAAUCUGUUGAGCUGUUGGAGAUCCUUCUGCGUGUUCAAAAGCAUUCAAAGAUAAGUGAUAGUGACCUGCUUUACUGGAGGGAACUGGUCUCAAAAUGCUUGGCAGAUUAUUCUUCUCCUGAAUGUUGCAAGCCUGAUCAUAAAAAGCUGGUUUGGAUUGUUUCAAGACGUACAGCCCAGAACCUACAAAACAGUUACUACAGUGUUCCUGAGUUGCCAACAAUACCAGAGGGUGGAUGUUUCAAUGAAAGCGAGAGUGAAGACUCCUGUGAAGAUAUGAGCAGCGGAGAAGAAAGCCUUAGCACUUCUCCUCCAAGUGAUCUGGAAGGCACCUUCUUCUUUGAAAUCAAACCUAAAACAAAGUGGCAAACUCUCAGCUGUCGGUCUUAGCGUUGUCUUGAUUGUAUUAGCUUGAGAUUUUUAAUGCACAAUGGAGUCCUUUUGCAAUAAAAAAAAUGAGGUGGUAAUCUGUAAACUGUAUUAAGGCAAGAAUUGCUGUGUUAUCUCAAUGCUUUGAAUGCCUGCCUUGGGUUUUUUGUUGUUGUGAUUUUAAGGAAGACAAAAAUCCCAAUCGGGUCCCUAGUUCAGCAACAAA